AUGGACCGUGUGGGAAAGAUCGUGUUUUAUGAAGACAGAAACUUCCAAGGUCGCUAUUAUGAGUGCAGCAGUGACUGUCCAGAGCUGAACGCCCAUUUCAGUCACUGCAACUCUAUCCGCGUGGAUAGUGGGUCCUGGGUACUCUACGAGAGGCCUAACUACAUGGGCUACCAGUACAUACUGACCAGGGGGGAGUAUCCAGAUUAUCAGAGCUGGAUGGGCUACAAUGACAGCAUCAGGUCAUGUCGGAUCAUACGGAACACCUCUGGUGCAUUCAGGGUCCGUGUUUAUGAGCGUCCUGACUUCAGCGGUCAGAUGUUGGACUGCACUGAAGAUGAGAACAACCUGCCCGACCGCUGGCACCACCGCGAGGUUCACUCUGCCCAAGUGCAGGAUGGCGCCUGGGUCUUCUACGAGCUUCCCAACUAUCGUGGACGCCAGUAUCUCCUGGAAAGAGGAGAGUACCGCCGCUUCAAUGAGUGGGCUGCCAUGAGUCCCAAUGUGGGGUCUUUCCGCCGUGUCCAUGACAUUUAG